AUGUAUGUUCCAUAUCUUGUUUUGUGUGUACACACCCAUGAGUGUUUACAUCUACGUCGAAGCUCCAGACUCCGGAGAUCUCAGGCCAAGCGCCAAGGCUGCGCUGUGGAAACCGGCAAGGCUCGCCACAGGAAGCUGGAUCGCCACUUGGCGAAGCUGAAAUUCGGCGCACUGGCCAGCCUCGCGACGUACCAGGACACCAGCAGCAGCUUCUAUUGGGCGGUGCAGAGAGGUCUCGACAAGCUCCGCAAGGACCUUGACUCAAAGUGUUUCCGUCAGACCUGCGACCUUGCAGGCUGA